AUGGAUAAUGGCACAAAAAAAUAUGUAUGCUAUCUUUGCGGUGAAAAAUUUGACACCUCGAUUGCUUGUACGCAACAUAAUAAAGAGGUACAUACUGAAAAUAAACCAUACAAAUGCGGAACAUGUGAUAGAACAUUCAAGCAUAAAUGUAGUAUGCGUCGUCAUGAAAUAAGUCAUACAGAGAUAAAACCUUAUCAUUGCGAAUUUUGUAAAAGAUCAUUUACUCGAAAAGAAAACCUAAAAAUACAUAUAGAGGUAAAGCAUAAGCUUGACAAAAAUUACAAGUGUAACGUGUGUAAGGAAAUUUUCACAACUUAUGAGAGGUUGGAAAAUCAUACAAAAAAAAGACAUAAAGGAGUAUAUGAAUGUAAUCAAUGUUUAUCUACAUUUAUUCAUUAUAUGGACUUAAAACAGCACAUGAAAGUACAUACUGGCGAAAAACGAUAUAUUUGCAAGACUUGUCUCAAGACACUACAACGCAACUCUGCGCUUGCCGAAGGUUCUAACUUCGCAGUGAGAAAGGUUCCAAAGAAAGAGAUUAUCAGCCAAAUAGAGUCAAUCAUCCACCGACUCCCAUUAGAACAAGCAGAUAAUAUCCGCAGAUGGAUAACUAAUAUCCUUUCCAAAGUCAAACCUCCUCCACCUAACAUCACUAGACAAGAGGGAUUGGCCCUCAAGACCUUAACAGGGACACAGACAUCAUCGCGCUUCCAGCCGACAAAGGCAACAUGA